ACAUCUGUCAAGUAAGCGCUAUCAAGUUAUCAAGUGUUUUUUUUAUUUUUAUUACUAAUUCGUACUAGUCAAAUGACGUAUCGAAAUAUACAAAUAAUUUGAUCAGUAAAAUUGAUAGAUUUUUAAUUUACCCCGAAAUAAAAUGGACGGUGAGAGUGUAGAACGAGUUGUGAAAUAAAAUUUGAGAUUGUUGCUCAAACACACAAGAAAACCGAUAAAAUGACCACUAAGGAGCUCUAUACUAAGGGUGCCCAAGUAUGGGUGGAGCAUCCAGUGAAGGUUUGGGAGAGCGCGACAGUCACCAGCGACUUCAGAUCCGGAGUGCUCAUCGUGCAGCUCGACACAUCGAAGGAGAUACGUCAAAUUAAGAUACAAGAUGCAAGCAGUUUGCCGCCAUUACGAAAUCCCUCGCUCCUAAUUGGCCAGAACGAUCUUACGUCACUCUCUUACCUCCAUGAACCAGCGGUGCUACAUAACCUCAAAGUUAGAUUCUGCGAUCGCAAUGCCAUCUACACGUAUUGCGGUAUUGUGCUGGUCGCCAUCAACCCUUACUCCGAGCUUCCUAUUUAUGGCGAUGACACAAUUAUGGCGUACCGUGGCCAGUCUAUGGGAGACCUCGAUCCCCAUAUAUUCGCUGUGUCAGAGGAGGCCUACACUAAGCUGGAGAGGGAAAGACGGGAUCAAAGUAUCAUAGUGAGCGGAGAAUCAGGCGCGGGCAAAACUGUGUCGGCUAAAUAUGCCAUGAGGUAUUUUGCCGCUGUGGGUGGCAAUGCCAGUGAAACGCAGGUGGAGAGGAAAGUGCUUGCGUCUAGCCCUAUAAUGGAGGCUAUCGGAAACGCCAAAACAACACGUAACGACAACUCGUCUCGCUUCGGCAAGUUCAUCGAGAUCCACUUCGAUAACGAGUACCGGAUAUCCGGUGCCAGUAUGAGAACAUACCUGCUGGAGAAGUCUCGAGUGGUCUACCAGAGCAGUGGAGAGAGGAACUACCAUAUAUUCUAUCAGCUUUGCGCAGCUGCUGAAGAUAUGCCGGAUUUGAAACUUGAUCACCAAGACUCAUUUCAUUUCUUAAAUCAAGGUGGAAGUCCAGAAAUUGAUGGAGUUGACGAUUACAAAGCAUUUAUGGAUACCAAGAAUGCUUUGACAACUUUAGGUGUGACAGAGUCGGAGCAACAGAAUAUGUUCACUGUACUUGCAGCUAUUUUGCAUUUGGGUAACGUUGUAUUUACAAGUGACCCCGACAUCGCUGAUCCUAAUAACCAAGAUGGCGCCUAUAUACAAUCCAAUGAUAUGCAUCUAAGCACAGCGUGUUCUCUGCUGGGCGUGUCCAAGCCGGAGUUGUCACGGUGGCUGACCCACCGGCGGAUCGUGUCGGCUCAUGAAGUGAUUCUGUCACGUAUGGACGUGUCCCGCGCUCUGUUCGCGAGGGACGCGCUCGUCAAGCGAAUGUAUGGAGAGGUGUUCGCUUGGCUUGUAUCGGUCGUCAACAGGGCGCUCAAUACUGGCAAUGCGAAAAAACAUUUCAUAGGAGUCCUCGACAUCUACGGUUUCGAGACCUUUGAGAUAAAUUCUUUCGAGCAGUUCUGUAUCAACUACGCGAACGAGAAGCUUCAGCAACAGUUCAAUUUGCACGUGUUCAAGUUGGAGCAGGACGAAUAUAUAAAGGAGGAGAUAAGUUGGAAGAUGAUAGAUUUCUACGACAACCAGCCGUGCAUAGACCUAAUAGAAGACCGUCUUGGCAUCCUAGCUUUGCUUGAUGAAGAAUGCCGCGUGCCACAAGGAUCCGACAUGGGCUUCGUCGGGAAGCUUCAAGAUAAAUGUUCAAAGUACCCGCAUUUCUUGAAGCCGAGGUUUGGAAACGCUGCGUUUAUUAUAAAACAUUUCGCGGACAAAGUGGAGUACCAAUGCGGCGGUUUCUUGGAGAAGAACCGCGAUACCGUGCUAGAAGAACAGUUGGAGUGCAUCAAAACUUCUACAUCAUGUCGGCUUAUACACACCAUGUUCGCUGAGGCGGCAGACUACUCUGCUACUCUGCCCGCUCCAAGAAGAAGAACCACCCCCUCCAUACCCUUGGCUAGUCAAACGCAAGUACCUCGUCGAGCUUCGGGCCAAAAGCAGAGCGUCGGCGGUCAGUUCCGCGCAUCUCUGUCGGCGCUGAUGACAACAUUGUCCGCGACCACGCCUCACUAUGUCCGCUGUAUCAAGCCAAACGACACCAAGACUGCGUUCCAGUUCGACGAGGCCAGGGCUGUUAAUCAGUUGAGAGCGUGUGGUGUUCUGGAGACAAUAAGAAUUUCAUCUGCCGGCUUUCCCUCAAGAUGGCUUUAUCAAGAUUUCUUUCAAAGGUAUCGCCUACUGUGUAAACAGAAGGAAGUAGACAGAGCAAAUAUCAAGAAGACAUGCCAACGAAUACUGGAAAAAUACAUAAAGGAACCCGAUAAGUAUCAGUUUGGUACUACCAAGAUAUUCUUCAGGGCAGGUCAGGUUGCGUAUUUGGAGAAGCUGCGGGCAGAGAUACAACGUGCGUACUGCGUGCGUAUACAGAGCUGCGUGCGCGGGUUUCUGGCGCGGCGCCGCUACCGCACUAUAAUGCGGGCCGUGCGAGGCGUACAGGCCCGUGCGAGGGGCUAUCUCGCACGAUUGCAAGCAAAAGAAAUCCGCCGCGAGCGUGCCGCCAUUACGAUACAGAAGCACGUACGCGGCUGGCUCGUACGCAAGCGGUACCGCAACCUGCGCAACUUGGUCAUCGGACUGCAAGCGCGGGCCAGAGGAUAUUUGGCCAGGAAGUAUUGCAUGGAGAAGCGCUAUUUAUUAGCGGCAAUCACGAUACAACGCUACUGGCGCGGAUAUCUUGCGAGGAAGCGUGUGAAGCGAAUGAAGAGGCUCAUAGUGGUCGCGCAGAGUGCAAUUCGUCGCUGGGUUGCGCGUCGUGAGUACAAAAAACUACGAAUUGAGGCCCGCAGUAUCGAUCAUAUACGGACCCUGAACAAAGGCUUGGAAAACAAGAUCAUUUCACUUCAGCAGAAACUGGAGCACUCUCUGGACAAAAACAAGAUUAUAGAACCGUUACAGGCCCAGAUAUCGGAGCUCAGAGAAAAGCUAGAUAAACUCAGACUCAUCGAAAAGGAGGCGAAAACUCUACGAAUAACUCUUGGAGACAAGGAAAACUUCUUAAUGUUUAUCAAAGAAGAGCUUGAAAAAGAGAGAGAAUCAAUUAAGUUGCUGACAGAGGAGAAAAAAGAGUUGGAGAGGAAGUAUAAGAAGGACAGAGAAGAAUUAGAAUAUGAUAAUGAGAAACUGGCGAAGGAGUUGAAGAGUACUAAGGAGCACUAUGAAAUGCUUUUUGAAGAACGCGACAAACAGUUCGAAGCGGAGAAAAAAGCCCUCGCGUCGGAACUGGAAGCUGAGAAGCAAAGCCGACAGAAACUCAUCUCCACCCAACAUGAUUUGCAAGAGAAAUUGGAUUCGAUGCAACGAGCUCAAUCAAGCAAAGAACACAGAAGGUCGGUAUCGGACGUGAGUAAUAUAACGCAAGCGGAAACGGAAAAUACUAUCGAAGAUGAUUUCGGGUAUGGGUCAGUACGUUCUGUGGAGACAGUACGGCCGGCUCUGGAAGCUGUCAACUGGUCCGCUGGCAGUAACAACACACCCGCACCGAUCGCAGAUGCCGGCCUCGUACUACGAAUGCAGAAUAGAAUAUCAACUCUACAGAGCGAACUUUCUAGAACAACAAAACGUGCAACGGACUUGGAGGAAAGGCUGAUGAAUCGCCUCAUGCUACCAGCAUCCAAUCCGAACUCGGAUCGCUUUAAAGUAGAAGAGUUAGAGAUUGAGAAUAAGAAGCUUCGAGAACAGUUGGAUAGACUGCGAGCGGCUGGAGACAGUAUUAUUUUAUCUAAGGAAGUUGUUGGUCAAAUGGAAGCGAUGCAACAGGAGCUAGACAGAAGACGAGACGAAUGUGUUCAGCUGAAGAGUGUUUUGUCGCAUCAGAAACCGUGGUUCCAAACAUUGAAGAAUACUGUUACGGUGAAUCUUAAGUCUCUCGCAUCUGCUAACUACGGAUCUGACGUGGACAUCAUCAAUGAAGAUGGUGAACUGGCAUCGGCGUAUGAAGCACAAAAAGGAAUCAAUAGACAACUCCAAGAAGAACUAACAGCGGAAAAGAAGUUCUACGCAGAGCAUAUCUCCAAAUCGAAGGCAGAGAUCGAUCGGCUGAAGGAAGAAAAUGAAAAAUACCAGAAGUUGCUGAGUGCAGACUUGAGCCAGCAACCCAUGAACAAAGGACAGGAAUACGCGCAGAAUGAAAUUAUCAAAUUGGCGGCGGAAAGUUUGGCAAUACAGGAAAGAGUCGAUAAACUGUCAGAGAGCUGUCGAAGGUACAAGAACCAGAUUCGACUGCUGGUGGAGAAGCUGAAGGAAGCUGGCGUGGAAGAUGUCCUAGACAUUUUAGAAGGAAAUGAGUCAGUGGUUUCUCAAAACGUGUCUCUCCCUCUACAAAUAGCUCCAGUGCCGCGCAAGAAAGAGAGAGAAUACCUGGGAAUGUUCGAAUACAAAAUUCAAGAUGAAUCUACUAUUAUUAAGAAACUGAUCACGGAUUUAAAACCACACAUAGCAGUGACACUACUUCCGGGUUUACCUGCAUACAUUCUGUUCAUGAUGCUACGUCACACGGACCACGUUGACGAUGAGCCAAAGAUGCACUCCUUGAUUAAGAGCAUCAGAGCAGGCGUGAAGAAGAUAUUGAAAAGGAAAGCUGAUAGCGUGGAAUACCAGGCGCUAUGGCUCGCUAAUAUGUUAAGGCUACUGAACAAUCUUCGGCAAUACAGCGGCGACUCAGUGUAUCAGACCAGCAACACGCCGCGGCAGAACCAGCAGUGUCUUCGGAUCUUCGACCUCUCUGAAUAUCGGCAGCUGCUAAGUGACAUCGCUAUAUGGAUAUAUCAAGGUGUUAUAAACCUACUCGAGCGCCAAGUCGAGCGUCUAAUAGUGGCAGCCAUACUAGAUUACGAGGAGAUCAGCGGUCUGUUCGGACCCAACGAGGCCCCAGCGCCUUCCGUAGCAUCAACAGGACCUGCCAAACUGAAACACGAACUGGCAACAACACAUGAACACCUCAAAGUUCACGAAGUCGAUGUGUCGCUACGAGUUAUGAUUUUCAAACAGCUAUUCUACUUCAUCUGCGCGUACAGUCUGAACCAACUGCUCCUGCGCAAGGAUCUGUGCAGCUGGGCUAAAGGGCUCCAGAUAAGGUUUAACAUUUCCCACCUUGAGAUUUGGAUCAAAGAGAACCUCAUUGAGUAUGGACAGAACAGCGUGGACGACGUAUUGAGCGUGCUCAAGCCAAUAACCCAAGCCGUGCAGUUGUUGCAAGCCCGUAAGUCGAUGGAUGACGUCACCAGCACUGUGGACAUGUGCGCCAAUCUGUCUGUCAUACAAGUCUGUAAGAUACUGAAUAUGUAUACGCCGGCGGAGGUAUACGAAGUCAAGGUGACUAAGGACUUCAUCCAUGAGGUCCAGAAAGUGAUGCAGGAGAGAUCUGGGGGUCAAACUAACAAAGCACAAGAAAACCUCCUGAUGGAUACAAAGCUGAUAUUUGCUGUACAGUUCCAUUUUAACCCAUCUCCUAUAAGGCUGGAAGAUAUCGAAGUACCCGAAGUAUUUGAACUAGACGGCUUGCUCACAAAAAUAUAAAUUAAUUCAAACAUCUGCGAUAUUUCAGCGCAGAUACAUUACACAUUCGACCUCCGAUACACUAUUUAUUGUUACUGCGCAACUAUUCGCAGAUACUGAAGUAUUCGCUAUGAAUAGCGAACUAGAACUUUUACGAGGACAUUGCCAUUACGUGAACUAUAACUAAAAGCACGUACACCUUCCUUAAAGGCCGGCAACGCUCCUGUGAUUCCUCUGGUGUUGCAAGAGAUUGUGGGCGGCGGUGAUCACUUAACAACAGGUGACCCGUACGCUCGUUUGUCCUCGUAUACCAAAAAAAAAAAAGAACUAUAAUUUAAUCUCUUAUUCCAUGUGUAUUCUUCCUGAGAUUAAAAUUAAAUUAAAGACGUGAUUAAAACGUACAUAAUUAAAUAGAGAAUGAUUAUCCUCAAACACAUAUUAAUAAAUAAUAUUUAUAUCUUUUCUUUAUUGCCAACAUGUAAACAUGACUGUUUUUCAUAAAAAAAUAUUUGUUUCGUGUAUUUCAUUUCAAUAAUUAUUUAAAGGCUGAAUUAAGUCUGAAUUUGUUUUUUUUAUAUGUCAUUUCAUUUUAUAUUAAUUGAAAGAUCCACUGUGUUAUUCCAAUUUUUUUUGUCUUUAUCUUUCCUUUCUCACUACAUAUGACAGGGAGAAGUAAUAUUAAAGUUGGAGCAAUUUUUUAUUGCGUUUAUUAUUAAGACAGCUAAAGUGUUAUUCAAACAUUCAUUUCUACUUUAACGCCAUAUUUGUAAUAUUUUAAUUAUGCGCCGUAAUAAUAUAUCUGAUAAUCGGCACUAGUAUUUAUCCAAAAGUAUUUACACAAAUUAGACAUAGGGCGCUAUUAGACUUGAAAAUAAUAUUCCAACGAGUAAACUUAUUAUAACUCAAAUUUAAUGCAUUUAUUCUAGUCAGUAUACCUUAUUUUGUAGUUGACUUAACUAAAGCUGGAUUGUUCAACUUAUAUUCACAUCGGAGAAGCCGACGCAGUGACGUAAGACCGUGUACGCGAACGCACCAUGAAAAACCGGUCUGUCUCUCUCACGCAGCCAUGCUUUUUCAACCCUUUUAUGUCAUAUAGUUUGAUUGAUGUUUGAACUCGUUUAAAGCAAAAAAUAACAAGAAACUUUUUUUCAUCUUACCUGUCAUAAAGAAAAAUAAACAUACUUUCUAAUCUUAUUAAUUUAAUUAAAAGAUACGAAAAUAUAUUGCAUUUUAUAUAAAACUAUUAUCAUAAACAUGCUUUGUAACAAAAUUUCCUUAAUGUGAGUACUGUCUAGCCAGCUUUAGUUAACUGGCCCUAUAUAACUUGCCAAAUCGGAAAAAGUAACUCAAAUAAGAAGUAGACAUGAUCACGUUUUCAUUUCUAGCAAAUAUAGCAAUGCUCAUACUAUUACCAUAGACAGAGACUAGACUAGUUUGGAGAUAUAUCAUAUGUGUUGGAUACUGAGGAAAAACAAUUAUUAUAUUUCAUUACGUACAUGGAAUUCUGGUUGAUGUUUGUAACUGAAAAUUAAAUUCCAUUUGCAUUAUUUUUCCCUUUAUUUUGUUACAAAUACAUUAAUGAUUUUUUUUUAUCGAUUCGAUACAUCACUAGCACAAUAAAAGUAAUAGAACAUCGGUGGUACAUACAAAAAGAUGAUGCGCAGCUAAUUUUACUCGGACAGCGACCAGACGUGGCGGCGCACGGCGUGACACUCAAUAGUUUUAUCUUCGCAAGAUUGCUUAGCAGUCGUGUAAAUUGUGUGUAUGUGUGCGUGGGUGAUAUAUCCAAUAUCGUGUAGAGCACAGCACCUACUCCUUACUGUCUAUACUCUAUGCAAUAUUUCUACAGCAAUCAUUCAACUAUUCUCUGUCUAUGGAUUCUAUUGUUCCUUGCAAUUUGUUCCUACAUUCCAUUUUAAUGUUGUACUGAGAGUUUAUAUAUAUAUUCUGUUGUGUGAUCCAGGUGCUCCUAAACAGUGUUGAGUAUUAGUAGGUGGCGUAAAAUGGAGAUGCUUUCGUAUCGUUUAUUAUAUGUUUAUUAACAGACUUCAAAAAAGUAGGAGGUUCUCAAUUCGACUUUAUUUUUAUAUGUUUGUUACCUCAGAACUUUCGACUCGGUGAACCGAUUUUGAUGAUUCUUUUUCCCAUGUGCUCCCAUUUCAAUUUGGUCCAGUUCUGAUGCUGGCAUGCAUGAGAAAACCAUAUAAGUCUUAAAUUUGCAGUAAGUAUGUGCGCUACAAAUGGACGAAUACACUCUUUCCUUGACACGCGCAGACGCGUUACAGACUACAGUGGUACGGUUAAACUAUAGAAAGGUAUUGCUUAGUUAUUAUCUUAUUAAAAUCACUUACAUCCAAAAAUUAUAUGCUUGUUAUCGCAAAAACUAAGUUGUGCAUUAAUUAGGUUAAAAUUGAAUUUUGAGCACAUUUUAAGGUUCUGUAAUUAGAUCACAAGGUUGGUACAUUGAAGAGGAACUUUGCCACGUAAUGCUAGGCACUAUACCAAUUUGUCCCAAAUUUGCCUGCAAUAAUGCAUCAUAAUAUGUUAUCAUAAAUAUUGCAACGUUGCCGCUCUUUCAAGGGUCAAUGUACGUUGCCUAAACAGUGCUUAUUUUAGAUAAUUUUAUUUUGUUUAUAAAUUUCACCCUUUUUUUACCUCAUAAAUAAUUUUACUAAGCUGUGUGGACCCUUCUUACUUGUAUAUUGAUUUAUUGCAUUAAGUGAAUUCCAUACGGUAUAUGAUUUAAUACAAGAAUAUGUCAUAUACUCACAGUAGGUAUAAUCGAAAAGUGACCGAUUAUAUUUGUUACACAGUAUAUGCAUGCUUUGGGCUUACGCAGUCUAAAUAAGCAUCAUUUGAGUGUCUUAUGCACGCACGAAUAACAUGAUGGCCCCUUUUGAAUAUACAUAAAUUUACUUCAUUUUUUCGCCACUACAUACUCGAAGCAUCGUUAUUAUUGUAAAGGUGCCAUUUAAUAGAAACGUUACAUGUUUUUUUUGUAUGACAGCUAAGUUAACGCCGUUUUAAUUAAUGUAUUUUGAAUAGACAUUCCAUUUAGAUAAUAUAUUUAAUCAUUUUUAUCGUCGAACUCUUUUAGUCAAUUUGAUUGUUUGUAAGCUUUCCUUUAUGUAAUUUAUCAACGAAAUUAAGUUUUAAGUUAUAUUUUGUACUUAAAUAUUGCAUUCCUAUUUAUUUAUCAGUAAGCUUCAGUUUAUAUUUAGUUUAACUUUUCAUGUUAAACAUAUUAUUUAACUAGUCAGUUUCUGACAGAAUUACUUAAUUAGUGUAAUAUUGUUAUAAACGACCAAUCAGAUUCAAGCGUGGGUGGCCAUUUUGAAUUUUAUAGUUGACAGAUUGUAAUAUUAGUAAUUCUUGAUAUCUAUCAAUUUAGUUUAAUUAAUUAAAGGAUCUUAUAUCCGCUAAAGUAAAAAAAUGUGUAUAUUUAGAGACGCGCCGGUUUAUAUCUGUGGCAGGUAAACAAUAAUACAAACUAAUUGAUAUUAUUGCGCGCUGCAUUUAGUACCUACUUAUUAAAAUGGGCCAUUUUUUGCUAUUGAACUUUAAAGUUAAUAUUUUUAGUCAAAUAGAGUAAAAAUGUUAAAAUUGUAAGAGUUUAUGAAUCAUUUAUUUUCUGUGCAUCUAUUACGAGGCUUGCUAUUAAUACAAUAAUAAUUUCUAUGUAAAACUACUAACGGACCUGUAAUUGCGUCUUUACGAAAGCAAACUCGUGUUAGAGUUACUACUAUAGACAAACAUAUUUACACACUUAGUAACAUAGACAAUAGAAUCGCAAUGUUACCAUAUUCAAGUGAUUUAAUUGAACUUAUUGAACUUAUAUAUUUAAGCAAAAUGUUACCAUAUAUUAUCUCUAUUUACGAAAGUUUUCUUGUUAUUAAGCGGUUGUCUCAAUGAACGCGUUUCAAGGUCAUUUUUCACGCAAUCAUAAACAUACACGGGAGGAGUCCAUUUAUAAUGUCUUCAACAUAAUUGUCAAUUUAAAGAAUAGUUUAAAAUUUAUAUAUUCUUACUUAUUCGAGUUCAAUAAAACAACGAGUUCGAAUGCCAGCCUUGAUCUCGAUCGAAACACAAGGCGACUUCACCAAUACCUACUGCGCGUGUUGACGUAAAUUGAGUUUACAUGUCAUAAACAAUACAAUGUUUUAAAUACCUGUCAAAACAAUCAACGAUAAGUAUAAACAAAAUCCAAAUUGUUAGCUAACAAUCAUUGAUAUACAAAAAAAUAUCAAUGCUAACAAUAUUUCUAUUACGAUAACGCUACAGCUCUUGAACGCGAUGAAAUAUGUUUAACGUCCGAAAUUCGGAGGUCAGCAUUUAAACGCGUUUAGGCUAUACCUGCGGUUAGAUUGUGUUCAUGAAAACAGAACUGAAACUGAAAACUCGUUAACAUGCGUAAGAUUAGUUCAAAUUCAGUCGUGAAAUCGGGGCCGAGUGUGUUAUUGGUACUACCAUAAAGUUUGGACGUCAAGGUCCAAAUUGAAAUGAACUCCUCGCGUACCUAACGGUAGCUCCCAUUCCAUGUGAGAAUUUGCGUGAAAAAUGGGAUUAUACGCGCAAAUAACGCUAUCAAGAAUCGUCUUAUAAUAAUUACAUUAAAAAUCAGAUAUAGCGGCGGGAGACAUUUUGGUCAUAAUUUUUUUUAUGACAUAGGAUGCAAAUCCAUAGGCCAAUUUUGUAUGUAAUAAUAAUAAUGCAAAAAAUUAUUAUUAUUACAUAAAAUUACAAAACGGACACGUUACAAAUUCUUUCUUUUCUAAAUUUAUCCGGAUCCAAAAUAUACUAUAUUUACCUUAAAUAAUUAUAUAUUAUCCGUUGCUACUUGUAAUAAACAUGCAUAAUAUUUAGUUCUCUAUAGUAAAAAAUAAUUAUAACUCUAUAGGGACAAAUAGAUAAUUAUAUUAUAUAGUUAACUCAAUUAGGUGCUCAAGUAGAACUUGAAUUAAACAAGAUGUUUCAUAAUAAUUAUAAAGUGAUUUACUUUCAUUAUUAUAAAAAUGCGACACGGCAAUAAUUAUACGUUAUUAUUAUGAAUCUAAUAUAUUGUUUGUAAUUUUAGAAAUUGUUUUGCAAUCACGAAUUAUUAAUCUAAUGUCAACAAUUCGCUGCCCUUGGUGCACAAUCAUCAGCGUGUUAGGGAUGGACGCGUUUUUUAUGUGUUUAAAUCGCUACAUGUCAUGACCAACCCAACUCCCUUGCUUAGCCCCGCCUACUGUAACAGUUAUUGACAACCCAUACGUAGUAUUUUUAUGUUGUUAGUGAGUUGUGUGUAUAUUUUUGGGCGGGAAAAUUUUAAAUAUGUAGAAAUUAUAUUACUGUUCAGUACAAGCUAUUUGCUGACUUGUAACUAACUCAUAACUAUUCUUAAUUGCCUGGUGUACUAUUGUAGUUACAUAUGUCGUCUGCCGUGCCCUUUAUUGUUCAUUCUAUGUAUCCUCGGUGUCAGGCCCUCGUCCAGUUCUCUUCGCAAUUUUUUUUAACUUCAAUAAAAGAUGAGCACGAUGUUGAGCUAGUAAUUGAUACGCCACCCCAUUAUAAUGUAGUGCCGCUCAGGAUUCUUGAAAAACCCCAAACAAUUCUUAGCGGCACUACUAUUGCGCUUGCGAAAUUACUCAGUAAUUUCAAAAGCUAGGGCGCACUUCAGACCGAAACACAGUAAUUCUCACACAUUACUGCUUCACGGCAAGAAAAGGCGUCAUUGUGGUACCCAUAAUCUAGCUGACAUCCUGUGCAAAGAGGCCUCCCACUGCUAAAUACCCUUAGUCGCCUCGGCCCUUGGGCCUAAGGCUUUCCUGUUCUUUUUACGCUCCAGGGAAGCACAGCGCUAAUUUUGACGUCUUUUACUUUCCCUACUACUAGUCCUACUGCAUAUCAUGAGUUUGCGAUCGCACGGGGUGAUUCCAAGUAUUGCUCCUUUCAUGACUGGGAACUUCUGAGUAGGAUGGUUGCUAUAGUUUAGCAUGAGUAUGGCACAGUGCAGGACACAUUUUAAAUUUGUGAUAGAGGGGCUAAUCAUUACAUAUCAAUCCGCCCUACGGGAACGAAAUGUUUGACAUAAGAUUGUGUUUGCAAUAUGCCAUACUUUAAACAUUGUUACUUAAUAAGAUUUUGUUAGCGCUAUUAAUGUUAUUAAAUUUAUUUUGUACGUAUUGUUUAUCUAAAUUAUUGUUUAUAUAAGUUGAUGUUGAAAUGUACUUAAAUAUAUAUGUAUUUACAAAAACUUAAUAUUAUAUAAAUUACAUGUUU